AUGGACCCUGUAUCCGUAUUAGGAGCUGAGCAGAUACACAGAGGCUGCUUACAAUCAAAGAAUGAUAAUCUCAGGUGGCGAAGUCCGACGAUAUGUGCUGAAACACUUGCACAUGAUCGAUGUGUGGCAGCAAAAAAACGAGUGUCAAUCGUACCUGAUCCUCCUUCGAUGGACAUUAGCGUCAGUAUAGCCUGUGUGGAACAAAUACGCGAGGAGCACGAGCACAACAGGCUUCGCGAAGAGGAGCUGCAAAACGAACAGGAUCCUUUACGAAAGAAAAGCGAAGAGGAAGUCCGAAAACUGAGUGAGGAGAGAAGGAGGAAGAUUCUUGAUCGUCGGCGGAGAAGUACUCAGGAGAAUCCGAAUGGGAUACCGAUAAUGCAGGCAUUCCAGAAGGCUUACCAAGAAGUUCCGCUGUGGUCGACGAAGAUCCAUUCAGGAUUUCGAAUUCUUUCCUCUGAUCGAGCCACGACGAUGGUUGGAGCCCUUCAUAAUUGCUCUCGUGCCCACCUGAGUCCAGUUUGCGACAACGAGAGCAUGAUUUCGGAGAGUUCGGCAGUUGAAAGCACCGUGUCGGAAACAACUAUCGUAGAUGUGAAGGCACUGUCCGUCGAUCCUUCAACACUGGCACCAAAGAACGAAUGUCACGAGGAGCCGACCCCAGUUGAAGCUAGCCAAAAGCCGCUGCUCGCCGUGCCAUGUUACCAUAAGCAGAAAAAGCCUCUUUCUUACAUACCACCACCGACGUUUCUCAUGGUACCGGCAAUGAUGGCAGUGAACACUCCGCCCCAAUCGCCGAAAAUUCGCGAGAGCAGCAACUGCACAUUGAAGGUUCCACGCCUCUUUGAAUGUCCAUCACCAUGUUCUGUGCCGUCGAACAGCAGCCAUUCGUCCUACACCUCUGCCGACAGCAGUGGUGAUACAUUUCGGCGUAUCUCAAUGAAUAGUUAUGGAAGCAGUCUGACCGACAACACAGAUUCAACAUUUGAGAUAGAUUCGAGGCGAUCAUCGGCAUGGUCUACGCUUCGAAACGCCGUUUUAGAAGUAGGUGGAAGCGGUCGGAAGGCAGCAGUUGAUAUCACUGUCGAC